UUAGUAAUUUCCAGAAAAACUUAAGGUUUUGUAAUGGAUACCAAUAUUUCAUUUGAAAAUUCUGAUGUAAAAUAUUCAUGCAGGAUCUGUGAAAAGUCAUAUAAUAAUCAAAGCAAGCUUUAUAAACAUAUAAACAGCCAUAAGGUAGAUAAAACAUAUCAAUGCUAUAUAUGUCUAAAAAAAUAUAUGCAUUUACAUAGUCUUCAAACUCAUUUGAAAAUACACGUAAAUGGAAGAUGCUAUAUUUGUGAAAAAUGUAGUAAAACAUUUUCUAAUAAAUACAGCUUAAAUAGACAUAUAUUAAGACAUGAUAAUAAUAAAAAUUAUGAAUGUAUAAUAUGUCUAAAAAGAUUUUAUCAAAAAUCGCAUUUACAUGCCCAUAGUGUUGUACAUAAUGACGUAAAACUUUUUCUAUGUGAUAUAUGUGGCAAAGGUUUUACAAGAAAGGACACAUUGGUUGUUCAUAUAAAUUUACAUAAAAGAAAAAUACAGACAACAACAAUUGAUAAUAAAAAUAAUGAUUUCGCUGAUGAAAAUUUAAUAAUUAAAAAUGAAACAAAAAUAUAUACUGGCAUACUGGCUGAAAAUAAUUUAAAAGAAAAUUACCAACAAAAUACUGGCAGUUGUGAAAUAAAUGGUGAAGAGAAAGAAAAUUUACCAAUUAAUUUUGAUCCUAUGAGCCUAAAGUAUUUACCCGAUUUAUUAUGUGCAGAAAAUAAAAAUGUAGAUUUAAUAAAAGAUAUUACUAAAAAAUAUCAAUGUGUCCAAUGUAAUAAGAAAUAUAAAAACAAAAAAUCUCUCUCACUUCAUAUGAAUUUACACACACUUUAUAAAACACACAUAUGUGAGAUCUGUUCUAAAGUUUUUACAAUUAAAAGGAAAUAUGAGAUACAUAAAUUAAGUCAUUCUGGGAUUAAAUUAUAUUCUUGUGAUAUCUGUGAUAAAAAGUUUACAGCAAAACAUUCCCUUAACGUACAUCAGAAAAGUCAUGGAGGUUUUAAACCAUUUCAAUGUACCAUGUGUGGUAUAAGAUUCACCAAGAAGAGUUCUUUGGACAGACAUACUUACAUACAUACUGGUAUGAAGCCAUACACAUGCCUUGUAUGUGGCAAGAGUUUUAUCCAGAAAAUACAAUAUACCAACCAUGAGAAGACACACAGUGGAAACAGACCUUAUUUAUGUCAGGAAUGUGGAAAAAGUUUUAGUAGAAAAGACAGUUUAAAUGUUCAUAGAAAUAGUCACUCUAAAUGUCAAAUUCCACGUUAGUGACAUUAGUAUUAUACAUACUAGCAUCGCCCGCGACUCCGUCCGUGCGGAAUUUAAAAAAAAAAACUUUAAGCUUAAUUUAAUAGGCUACAUGAUCUUCAAGGCUAUGUUCUAAAUCCAUGCAAAAUUUCAUCAAGAUCCAUUAAGAGAUUAAUGACAUACUUAGUAACAAACAGUCAUCCAUCCAAACUUUCGCGUUUAUAAUAAUAGUAAUAUUUUUAUCCCUUUCAUUUCCUUUUACAAGAAAGAGACAACAAUAUAUAUCUAUAGAUUGUGUUUCAUACAAGUUUGAUGUUUAUUUCUAAUACCAUUUUCACAUAGUAAUGCAAAUAUUAAUGUAAAAAAAAUUAUACCCAAAUUAAGAAAAAUUAUUUGCACAAAAAUUAAAUGUAAAUAAUAAAAUUGGGGGAAAAAUUGAAGCCUAAAUGACUUUACUUUUGUGGUCAGGAUUUUAACAGUGGUAGAGCCUGCUUUAACAUCUUCGCACAAAUUGGCCCGGUUCGCCCGGUGAAAUACCAUAACCACAGAGAAGACAGGCAUGAAGUGGAAGCAAUUCCGCGUUUCGUCUGAUGAGUGUGCGUCCCGGAGGCCUAAUUUAGUCCUCUUUC